AUGCCCCCCUCCGCCUCCGCCUCCACCAACGGGGCUUCCUCCACCCCCGAUGCCCUCGAAUCCGACCUCCUCGUCAAGCUAUCCGCCAGCUGCGCACUUGAAGAUCUGCAGGAAAACCUCCUCGGCUCCCUCCACCGCCUGGGUUGGACCGACAAAGUCACCACCCUCGCCACAGAGCUCCUCCGCGCCGGCCGCUGUGAGACCUUCGACGAUGUGAUGGCGGCAGUGCUCGCUUCGGCAGAGGGCCGAACCCACCCCGCACUGGGGGCCAAGAUUGCGAAUGGUGAAAAUACAAAUGGGACAAAAGAGACCAACGGUAUCAAGAAAGGCAAAGCCAAAGAUCAUCCUUACGACCCUCUGAAGUACAUUGAAGAAAUCGAUAUCCGCAUUCCGGAGACGGUGGUCGAUGAGGGCGUUCGCGGAUUGAAGGAUAUUAUACGAGAAGUGGCCGAUUUGGAAGGCGAGAGUGCACCCAACGGCGACAAGAAAUAA